GAAGUUUGGAAUGUCAAAACAUUGCAAAAUAAACAACAAAGUUGAAAAGUGUUGAUCAAAAAACGAUUCGCAAGGGACUAUGGCCACGAAAGAGCACCUAAUUCUAUCCGCUGAGAUAAAACGAGUGCACAAGGAUCUGCGAAAACGAACCAAAAAGUAUGGAUCAACGAACGCAUGGAAGGAACACAUAAACAACAAAGAUCAGCUGGAUUCCUACUCAAAGGCAAUGAGAGAAUUAGCCACGAAAUUUUGGGAUUCGAAUUUAAAAGUGAAUGAAAUGACUCGCGAAAAUCGUAUUGAAUGGUCGGUGCAAUUCUGUUUGAACUACUUCCAUGACAAUAAAAUCCGAAAUCAUAAUCGAGACCGCGAGAAGCGAAUUUUCGAGCUAUUGCCAGAACCGGUACAUGUUGAACUACCUUCGAUAUCUGAUGACGACUGUGAGAAUCAAAAAAUUCGUCUGUUGGACGUCGGCAGUUGUUACAAUCCAUUCAAACAGUACGACAGCUUUACUGUUACAGCCAUCGAUAUAUCACCUGCUUGUCCCGAUGUUCACCGUUGCGACUUUCUCAAUGUGCCUGUCGUUCAACCGGAAUCCCUCCAAUCAAACUCCAUCAAUGCCUUUACGCUUAUACCAUGCUCCUACGAUGUGGUUGUUUUCAGCUUACUUUUGGAAUACCUGCCGACAUCAGAGCAGCGCUUGAUUUGUUGCAAGAAAGCUUAUGACAUUCUCGAUGCCGAAGGAAUACUGAUCGUAAUCACUCCCGAUUCGAAGCAUGUGGGCGCAAAUGCGAAAUUCAUGAAAAAUUGGCGAUAUACGUUGGCCUUAAUGGGAUUCAGUCGAAUAAAGUAUGAAAAACUCGUUCAUAUAACGUGCAUGGUGUUUCGUAAGGCUAUAUUCAAAGACGUGACCGUUCGCUGGGCUGAUAUUCAUAAAGAAGAUUACAUGUCAAAUGACCUGUUCAUACCUCAGGAUUUCAAUGAUUUCGAGGCGAUGUCUAGUGAUAGUGACAGUUGAAAUAAACUUAUUUGCUUUCUCAAAA